CCAGACUGUAUUGUGUCGGCGUUCGCUGCGAAUGCCACAUUUAGACAAAUAGCAAAAUCAGAGUGUUGGGCUAACACAGCCAAAACCAGGACGAUUUGCAGGCUUCCACAGACCACUGACGCCGCUGUACGCCUCCCGACACGAACAAUAACCACGCAGCACCAUGUAUAGGCUAGCGGUGCGAGAUCAGUGCAAAUGUGCCCUGCAGCGUUCUCUGCAGCAGACCACGACAAACAACAGGCCGCUCAGCAGCGGCAGCAGCAGCAGCAGCAGCAGCAGCAGCGGGAGCAGUAACAACAACAGCAACAGCGGAAGUGGAAGCAGGGAGCAAGGUAGGCGAGGAUACUAUGGCCUACCGCCCCCACCGCAUAUGCGCGAAGCCGGCUUCGGUAAAGUGGUGCUCUUCGUCUCCCCGCUGGCCGCCGUUGGCGGAGUCAUUACCUACGCCAAGUACGACAUUGACUUCCGCAAAAUGGUCGAGGAUAAGGUUCCCGGUGCCGGUUCGGUCAUCAAGGUAGUUCUGCAGGAGGAGCCACCAUUCAAGGGGGUCACCCAGAGUGUCAACGACCAAAUCGAUAAGGUCAAGUCGGGCUUUAAUUCGGUCACCUCCUCUGUGGAUUCGGUUACCUCCAAGGUAACGGGUUUGUUUGGCGGCAGCAGCGGAGAUGACAAGCCGAAGAAGACCAAGGCAGAUUCCGUCAAAAGUGAGUCUGCACCAGAGAAGAAGUCAACGACGCCCCAGGCCAGCAAGACGGAAUCAAAACCAGCGGCGAAAGCGGAGAAGGUUGCUUUACCGCCUACGCCACCACCCAAGAAGGAAGAACCACUGCCUCGCGAAGUCGUUGAACUGGAGAAGGCCAUCGAGCUGUCAGCCGAGCUGGCAGUGAAGGAGUAUAACAACGCUAUAAGCGUGCUUAAGAGCUUUAACGACGAAGUACGCAAGGUGGUUGACAAGGCGGUAGAGAAUGGCGAGAACUCGCUGUGGACAACGCUAAGAAAUCGCGCUAGUGCUCGGGACACGGCAGUGGCCACAGCAGAGCGUGCGGCGCGUCAAGCCCAGGAGAAGAUUGUUGCCUGCGAGAUCGCCUUGAGUGCAGCUGCUACGGCGGAGAACAGCAAGAAGGUGGAGGCGGUGCGCGAUAAGAUCAAGAAGCUGGUGGAUCACAUAGCCAACGUCAAGGACGAGCUCUACCGGCACAAGGACACGGCCAGCGUGUCGGACAAGUACUGGCGCAAUGUGGAAAAGGCCCGCAACUAUUUUAUUGACGAGAUCGAGUCUAUCUUCCCCGGCUUAAGUCUGGCGGAUAAGCAACUUAACUUGUCAAAGGAGGACCUCGACUUGUUUAUCCUGCACGCCUAUUCCCAUGUGCUGGCCUACCAGAAGGAGCUGCAGCGUCUGCAAACCGAUGGCGAGCUUCGCUUGAAGCGUGCCAUUGACUCUGUACGCGGCGACAAUGAUUCGGAGGCGCUACGUGCCCAGCUGGAAUACCUUUUGGAAGCCGAGAGGCGCAAGUUGGCCGUGGAGAGCCAGAAGAAGAUCUUCCAGAUCCACGCCGAGUCUGACAAGCAGCUGCGUAUGCAGCUGAAGAAGCAGGCGGAGGCCCACACCGAUCACAUCAAGGAUAUCGUGGCUCAGCGGGAGACGGAUCUGACGCGCAGCUUUAAGCGGGAGUUGGAGGAUAAGUUGGCGGCCGAAAAGGCCAACUACAAGCUACAGCUGGCUGCCAUGCUUGGCAAGCUACGUGGCAUGGAUGCGGCUCUAGCGGAGCGUGCGGAUGCGGAGCGUACUGCCAAUCAGGCACAGGCCUUGUGGGCCGCCUGCCAAGCUCUGUGGGCUUCGGUGCGCUCUGCCACUCCUGGAGUGCACUACUCAGAGAAGCUGCGCCCUCUGAAGAACGAGAUCAAUGCCAUUGCCAAGGUGGCCAAAGGCGACGAUCUGGUGGCGGCUGUGCUGCAGAGCAUGCCGCAGGAGGCUCAGGAGCGUGGUGUCUAUCCCGAGGAUGCACUGCGCGAGCGUUUCCUCAACGUAGAGCGCGUAGCGCGUCGUCUGGCCCUGGUGCCGGAAGAGGGAGCCAGCCUGCCCAUCUAUUUACUGUCCUAUCUUCAAUCGCUGUUCAUCUUGCGACCCGAUAAUCCCAUUUCCAAGGACGAACUCGAGAACAAACCUUUCGACUACAGCAAACUGGACACCUACGAUAUCCUAAACCGGGCCAGGUACCACGUGGAUCGCAGCGACUUCCUGCAGGCGCUAAAGUACUUGAAUCUGCUGCAGGGUGCGUCCCGCAAAAUAGCCGGGGAGUGGAUGAAGGAGGCACGCCUCAUGCUGGAGACGCAGCAGGCGGCUAACACCCUGAUGGCCCACGCUGCUGCCAGUGGCCUGUUGUAUUUGUAGACUACGUCCC